AUGUUUGGCUUCUGCGUGAUUGUUUUGACCGCUGCAGACGUGCUUUUGUUGGCGCUCAGUGCUUGGCGCCUGGGCGAGGUCGAAGGGCCUUGCCGCUUCUACUCCUGGGCCAAGAUGGUCCGGAAGCUGGCAAUGCUUGAUGUGUCCAUCAUGGGUGUAUAUGUCAUCACCUUUUGCAUGGGCAUUUACAAGAAGCAGGGAAUUGUGGUGUCGACCCGCGAAGGCCUUCCGGUGCUGAUCGCGGCAGAGGUGAUGCACACCUUGAUCUACUGGCUCGUCUCAGGUACAGUGGAGGCGCAUGAAGCCGCCGCCACCGAGCAGAAGCUCUACGAGUACAAGGUGGCCGACACCGAAGAGGGCUCACCCAAGAAGUUGGACUUCUGCUGCCACGUGAACCAGUUUCUGAGCCGAGCCCGUCAGAUGGGCGUUCGCUGA